AUGUACGCCAUCUCCGCAGCCCUACUUGGCCUGUUCGCCAUGCAUAACCCUCACGCCCACAACCAUCCGCGGCGCAACCUGCCCGGUGACCCGCGUCCUCACCCGGACCGAGACAUCCACGACCACCACGACCGCCACGAGCACAACGACCUCGGUCUCGGUCUCGGUGUCGACCUCGACGGCGACAAAGACCGAGACCCGGACCACGACGGCCACGUACAUAACCGUCUCGACGACGACGGCCCGCGUCACCACGACGGCUCCCUGCGUGGCGCCCGACUGCCCCACGCUCGUCUCCACGGCCACGGCCUGCAGGACCUGCUUCGUGCCCGGGUGCACCACCACCGUCGCGGUGACGAGGUCGUGCGGGUGCCCGGCCGCGCUGGCGACGACGACGACGGCCUUCCCCUGCGACAGGGCCGACUCGUGCAACAAGAUCGGGUGCAAGACCGUGUACGAUAUCAAGACGGCGGCGUGUUAGCAAAUCCCGAAAUUGCAUGA